UUGUUGCAGAGGCUGAACGGUUGGUUGAGAAGGGAAUAUAAUCCGGUGCUUCUAUUUCAUCAAAGAAGAUGAUUACAAUCAACUGAAAAGUCAACAUAUUGCUUAAUAACUAUCGAUUUCGAAUAUCUUCCAGCGGUGUGAUUUCAUUUGGGUUUUGAUAGCAUUACUGGAUCAGACCUCUUGAUUGAAGAUGUCGUUUAGAGCGUCGAAUUCCACCUUGUUCUCCUCUCUCGCUCUGUAUUCUGUACAUUCUUUGUAGCUUCUGGAGAGGUGAAAUUAAAUCUUUUUCGAAUCUAUUUUCAAGCCACAGAUCUAUAUGCUGAAUCAAGAAAGCUCCCCAGAUUGUUCUCUUCCAUUCUUCAAAGCAAAAUUUGUUUUUAGUUUCUGUUUUUCUGUGAAUUCUAACUAUCUUACGAUGAAUUUUAUUAUGUGUAUAGUCUAGUUCGCUCCGAUUCUGGAAGUAUUCAAUAAUGGGGCUAUCGUCCACCACUACUGGCAGUGAAGGAUUUCAAUUUUGUGUGUUUGAUCUAAGAAGGGGACAACAUGAAGGACAGGAGCUUGACAAGAUUUUAUUCUUUUUUCCUGCUGAUUUGCCCUUCUCCACGCAACUUUCCGUAAUUGGGCUUAGCGAAGGACUUAUCACCUUUACAAGAAUUUUCUCUCCUGAAGCUGCCUGUGAGGUCAUUGAAGCAGAGAGGCACUCCCAUGUUUUCUAUCAGGCAGAGCCAGAUAUCUGGAUGGUGAUGAUUGUCGAGAAAAAUAAGGAGGCAGAAGCCAUUUGGCGGAUUGACGCAUUACACCAAGUUCUUAAAGAAGUACACUCUCUUUUUAUGAUGUUUCAUGGAUCUAUACGAGCUUUACUUGAGAAAGAACCUGGUGGCGGACUUGCUCGUUCUCAUUUGUAUUUUUUUGUCAUGGAUUAUUUAACUGAUUUUCUUGUUGGGAAGAAACUUCAGUUACCAUCUUUUCGUGACUGUUUAAAGGAACGUGGAACUGUUCAGAUGUUGACAGUGGGGCGGGAGGCUGCAAUUGAAGUUCAGUCACUUGUUAGGGUAGUGGAAUCUGCAUGUGCUGGGAAUACUGCUUGCAACUCUUUGGUCUUGUUUCAAGACCUGCUGGUGUCCACGACGCUUUCUCCUGAUGAUACAGUAAACCUUUUCACUUAUGCGAUUCUAAGGCUGACACCACUUGCACUAUCCUCUGGAAGUAGUUCAUGGUCCUAUUUGCGAAAGGGAAGCACGCCCUCUCUCAUUGCCACAGGAUCUAUCUCUCCAAACUCGGGUUCUGUUAUAGAACAAACUUACACCUCACGUGAUACUUCCCCUGGUGGGCAGGGUCAAAGAUUUCAUGUUCCAAGGCCCUUGCAACGUGACAAGUGGUCUAAAGGGAAGGACGGUUUCCUCGUUAUUGAGACAUCAGGUGCAGAAGUUGGUAGUUUAAAUUCUUCAACUCCAACAGUGUGGCUCCGACAGUCGGAUGAAAGAAUGUAUCUUUGUGUUUUCCAGCAGAAGAACCUCACCAUAAUCCUUCUCAUUCCUGUUAGCUCUAUGAUUAAUGGAGAGCAGGGGAUUUCCAUGGUGAAGCAACAAAUUCUUGAAAAUGCUUCAAUGAAGAUCUUGAAAGUUGAUGAAAAGCUAUCAAGAGGAUGGGGUGGUGAAAAUGCUUAUCAUGUCCGUGGAUAUCGCUACUUAUUGUUUGAUGGUGACCGAAACAUAUCAAGGGCUUCUCCACCAGGAAAAGUUACUACUCUGUCAAAGGUUGGUCAAUGGCUCCUUUGUAACUUCAGACAGGAUUGCCAUAAUUUUAUUUGCAAUGAGUUGCAUGAUUUGUGGAGUAGUGGAAAAUUGGAAAAGGCAAGUAGUUACCACCAGCAAAUGCAUUUUUACCUCUUGUCCAGUGUUAGCCCUUGUUUAUGUGGGGAUUUUAGAUAGCUUUGGCAUGGAAACUUG